AUAUAUCGAUGUAUUGAUUACAUCCCUAGUUUUGGGUGUGUAUCUGUUCAUCAAAAUUUGCUGCUGUCGUUCGGAAAUAAAAAUAUAUUAAACAACAAAGCUGGCCUAUCCAAAACAGCCAUCAUGGACGUAAUGUCAUCAUCUCUACAACAACAGCGCAUUGUCGUUGACCAGCUGCGUCGCGAGGCGUCGAUGGAACGGCAGACCAUUUCGGAGUCGUGCGCCAAAAUGAUGAAGUACAUCACGGAGCACGAGCAAGAGGAUUACCUUUUGACUGGAUUCACCAGCCAGAAGGUAAAUCCAUUCCGUGAAAAGUCCUCAUGCACCGUUCUUUAAGGAGGAGUUUGGAGUUGGCGAUAGAAGGCGAACUGCGGACGGAGCAGUUGACUUCAGCAUCAAUGCGCAGAUCGUAUAUAGUUUACUUUUAGUUUAGCAAGAUGGAUUCUAAAUAUGUAUAUGUCUAAUAAUGACACCAGUACCAGUCAACGUCACCUGGAUCAAUAUAUCUCAAUAUAAUUCUUUGUGCAAAAGCUAUAAUAACAACUAACAAAUUGUCUCAAGCAAUAUAUGCUAGAAUAUAUAAAGAUAUAUCACCACUCACGUUAACAGUUGUAUUAGGUUAUACAAAGCCCACAGAAAGAUUCAAAAUUCAUAAUCGAAGCAUUUGUCCCAAAGAUAUAUCAGAGUUGUCUCUAUCCGAAUAGUAAAGCUGUUCAGGUACGCGAGUAUCCCAACUAACAAGAAAAUCAAUGCGCUGACUAUAGCAUCUACAACAACUACUACUACAACUACCUAAACUACAAGUAUAAACCGAAACUCACACAUAUUCUAUAUACCCUAUCAUCAACUAUUAUCGAUCCGACAUACAAAUUUAUCAAUAAACGUAAACCCAACAGAAGAUACA